CUUCUUCAGAUGGAUACGGGAGAACUAGUGGAGAGGAUGGUAGCUAUUUAUGAAAGUGUGGACGCUGUUGGACCUCAGACAACCGGCACAGACCCUGAAACACGGACGCAUCAACCAGGAGGUAAUAAAAGAGGAAUCAGAAGUUGCAGACUGGUAGCAGUGGGUUUGGGGUUGCUGUGUCUGCUUUUGCUGGCUACCAACAUAGUGCUGUUCAUCAACUAUGUUCAUGAGAAAGAGGAGAAAGACCAGAUAAACAACGCCUGCCAAAACUUGACUGAGAGUUUGGUGAGGAUCCUUGGUUGGAAGAAAUUUGGAACGAGUUUGUACUACACCUCUACUGUGAUAAAGACCUGGGCCGAGAGCAGACGGGACUGCAGAGAGACAGGAGCAGAUCUGGUGAUCAUCAACAGCAGAGAGGAACAGGAAUUUAUAAAUAAUUUAAAGAUUUACACCUGUAUUGGUCUAAGUGAUGAAGAAUCAGAGGGGGGGUGGAAGUGGGUGGAUGGAUCAGCACUAACCACAGCGUUCUGGAUGAAUGGUAAUCCUAAUAAUGACAGAAAUGAGGACUGUGUUGUUUCAAAUGCCAUAUGGUAUAAAACUCUGACAAACUGGAACGAUGAAGAGAUGGACUUGUACCCAUUUAAUCACUAGAUAAAGGC